AUGACGGCGGCUGCGUGUCAUUGGCAACGAAUGGAUCUUGCCACAAAGAAGCACAUGAAGGAGACAAAGAGUGUGUUCUUCAAUCUCAAGGAGCUACAACAUUAUCAUGGAGAACUGGCUCAGCAGCUCCAAGAUGAAACUACAUUGGUCUUCCAAGUCCCAAAAACAAAGCAGGAAGCCAUGAGAGUGAUUGCGACGACGCCUUCCAUGCAGUUUGCCUUUUUGGCCCUGACAGUGACCCUUUGCGUGCGCUUGGCAUUGGCACCAUUUGGAUUUGAAGAUGUGGUGACUAUGAUAGGGACCAAGAUGUUCUGGGAAAUUCAGGAAUGGGUUAUCCAUGCUGGUCUAUUCCAUGGCAGUGACCAAGACAAAGCCAUUCGGCCUUUUCAGAUUCAUGAUAGGCACCACGCCCUUCCCUACUUUCAUGUCAUCAUGGAACCUUUGCCCAUGGUAGCUGGUUGGUAUUCACUUGCUGCUGCUAUUGCUUUGACUGCAGUGUCCAUGGGGGCUCCUGCCGCCUUGGUCACGACAUGGCUUGCAUCUUACACUGCCAGUGGCAUGGGCCACUUGACAAUUCACUUUUUGACACACACCAAGCUGCCUUUGAAGGGUUGGCUACAAGAUGCUCGAACCCAUCACAUCCAGCAUCAUCUAGAUCCAACAACCAACUUUAACAUCGCUGCCGGCAGUUUUGACCGUUUCAUGAAGACAGACUGA